AUGGCUGCUGCAGCUCCGAAGGCUCCUGUGGAUUUACACCAGAGCACUGUGGUGAUUGUUAAUCUCAUUGCUAGUCCGGCCGGAUUCUGUGGUACUACGUCAGAGUUUUGCGGAGAGGGUUGUCAGUCUGGCUGUAAAGAAAUAGAGGAACCGAGCUGUGAUUCCCACACGGAUGUCAUGAAGCUUGACCGCCGAGUGGCAUAUUACGAACUCUUCAACAUGGCUAACAGAAAAUGUGACAAAUACAUCCCAGAGCAUAUCCCUGCUGGAGGAUUGACUCACUUGAACUUGGCUUUUGCUGUCAUCAGUGGCAAGUUCGAGAUCUCGGAGGAUGAUGGUGAUCUUGUGACUCGCGCUGCGCACUUGAAGGAUCGAUUCGAAGGACUUCGCAUCAACAUAGCCAUUGGUGGCUGGGACUUCAAUGACGGUUCUACGGCCACCAUUUGGUCUGAUCUUGUUGCGGACUAUGAAAACACCGAGAUUUUCCUAGACUCUUUGGUGGCCUACUUAAAAAAGUAUGGCAUUGAUGGAGUCGAUCUGGAUUGGGAAUAUCCUGUUGCGGAUGACCGCGGAGGUGCUGAAGAGGAUUACGAUCAUUAUGUGACUUUUGUCGCUAGACUUCGGGAACGCUUUGACCAAGAGAAUCCUGGUUGGGAGAUAUCCCUCACGUUACCGGCCUCUUACUGGUACCUAAGAGGCUUUCAACUCGAGGAGCUUCAAAAACAUAUUACCUACUUCAACCUUAUGUCUUAUGACUUCCACGGUCUAUGGGACAAACAUAAUGAUUGGACUGGUCCCUACCUGAAAGGCCAUACCAACCUGACUGAGGCCAAACAGGGACUCGAUCUUCUCUGGCGCAAUAAUGUGAAGCCCGAGAAUGUGGUCAUGGGCUUCGGCUUCUACGGUCGUUCUUUUACCAUGUCAGAUAGUAAAUGUCAUGACCCAAAUAAGGGCUGUCAAUUUUCCACGGCUGGUCUGCCUGGAGAUUGCUCAGAUACAGCAGGUAUUCUGACCUACGCUGAGAUUCGAUCAAGAAACGACUCUCUGAACACAGACAUGUACUAUGACAAGGAGUCAACGACAAAGUACAUGACCUAUUCCCAUGACCAGUGGAUUUCCUACGAUGAUGAACAGUCGUUCACGGACAAGAAGAGGUUCCUUACUUCUCAAUGUCUUUCGGGGCUCAUGAUUUGGGCUAUUGACCAAGACACACAGGACUACGAUGCAAUAAAUGCUCUUUUCGGAGACGCAGCAAGGGAUGGUGCUCUGACAAGAGGCGGAGAGCUGAGUGAUGAUCAGAAAGAGAAACUUUCGAACGAGUUUUCAUCCUAUAACGGCCAGAACUGCUUUGUCACAGAGCUUUGCACCGACGGUAGCGCCAAGGAGAGCGGCCCGUUGCAAAAAUGUCCAUCCGGUACAUCGUCUGUGUCCACGGCACAUGCACCUUUACAGAAGGCUAGUGAACAUGGCUUGACUGGUCAAUGCUCUGAAGGAUGGUACCGACAUGUCUGCUGUCCCAAUAAGCAAAUGCCCAGCAACUGCCAAUGGAAUGGUGAACCGAUUCGCAGUGAAAUAGGCUGUUCAGGUCAAUGCGGCGAUACUCAAUUUGAGUUGGCGACGGACACCUUCACCGAUGCCAUGGGAGAAGGCCAGUGUUUCCAAGGCCAGCGAUCUUUAUGCUGUGACUCGAUCGAGCUUCUCGAUCAAUGUGUCUGGAGUAGUUGUCAAGGCCCCCUAAUGCCAUAUCAAGAAAUCGGUGAACUUGAAUCUGAGGGUUGUGCUGAUGGCUAUGAGAGCGUGGCCUCUCGAUAUGACACGGAUAGUGGUGGUUGGUGCUCGCGUGAGUUCAACAGUGACUUACAUGACCGAUUUAAGCGAGGCCUUUGUUGUCCGAAGUCUAAAAAGUUUGAAAACUGCAAGUGGACGACCCAGGACGCUGUCAGUGAGCUGGAUGAUAGGGCCUGUCUGCCACGUCAAUGUCCGAAGACCAAGACUCAGAUUGCUGAGGCAUAUGAGCCUCAGAUUAGCCUUUAUGUCAAUAAGUAUUGUCUGGGUGAUUGUACUGUUGGGGACCAAUGCACCACGCAUCCGAUUUUGCCCGAGUUUGAUCCUGCCUUCUACCUCUGCUGUGAUCCACCCUCUCAGUAUAAUGAAGAUUGGCCCGUCCCACCUUCAUGGCUUUGGGAAAGCGCCUACGAGGAUGAUGGGGAUGAUGUUGCUUGGGCUUUUGCCGACAACGAGGAAAACAACAAUAAGGAAGCGAGCGAUGAUCCGAUCGAAGAGGAUCCUGCAGAUCAUGCAUAUGGCUUCCUAAUGUUGGAUGGCCCCCCAGAAUCCAUCGAUAGUGCCUUCGGGGAUUCAUAUACUGUCGCCCGUCGCAGCAGUAAAAUGCCCAAUCGAAGACGCUCCAUGAUCACUACCAACACCACUAUCCUGGACUCAACCUUUGAUCACGCGGAGGAGACUGUGUUUGUGUACUGCAACCACCCUAAGGGAUCUCCCCAGUGUGAAAAGAUUUUCCGCAAAGGUGCUGAAGACACGAUCAUCAAGCUGCCAGAUCAUGUCGGAGAAGGUCCAUUCGCCCGCGUUGUCUCCAUGACACCCGCUUCCCACACCUAUGAGCUUCCUCAUCACCACAUCAGGUCUCGUUCGUUGGAGAACAACGAAAAUGACGUUUAUGAGCUCAAGAUCGACUACAACUUCCAUCUCAUCAAGCGAGACGAUGGACCGAUUAACAUGCGCAUUGAUUACACUAAUCUUCUUCCAUACUGGGAUGAAGUAACAGACUCAAAGCCAUCGAAGAGAUCCCUUCACGAGAAGAUUACCAAAGAUGAUUGGAAGUCCCUCAUUCAGGAUGUGAAAAAGAGAACUGCCUCUAAGAACCCGUCGGUUAAGCUUGGGUCCGGCAGUACUGACAUGACAGAAACAUCUGAAAGUGGCCUAGUCAAGCGUUGGUUUGGUAAAUUCGGGGACUGGCUGAAGAAGAUGAACACAGUUGAAGCUGGAAAUGAUGGUUUUCUCAACAUGGCAUUCCAGAAGAGUUUCCUUCUGUAUCGAGCUGUUAAAGGAUGCGCUCGUCGAACCUUCUAUGCAGAGAUGAGAAUGUACCUCGAUGCCGAUGUUCAGAUGGAUGCGACCUAUGCAUACUAUCUCUCUGGAACCAUCGUGCCAUUGAAGGUGCAUGACACUUACGGGUAUCUGGGGGUGGAGCCAAGCGCAUACCUUGGACUGCGUCUUGAAGGAAACGCGAUCAUGACCUAUACAUCAGAGUGGAAGAAACUCAUUGACACUCUUGCUUACCCUGGAUUGAGCAUCAAGGGUAUAGCGACUGUUGGACCUAGCUUGGAUAUAUAUGGCCGAAUUCGCGGUAGUGUUACUCUGAGUGGUCAGGCCAAGGCUGGUGCCCGAGUACACUUUGGCCGUGCAGAGCUCUACUUCCCACAGGAUGAAGAGGGCACCAAAGGUGAUACAGACUACGACAAGAUCGACGACAUCAAAUCUCAGCAAGAGCGACCGAAGACUGGCCUAGAGCCACAAUUCUUUGCAUCCGCACAAGCAUCCGCAAACCUUGCCAUUGAUGUUUCCCCCAAUGCUCGCAUUGGUAUCGAGGUGGGUCCGUCCGUUCUGGGCAAGGGAAGCCUGGUAAAUGCGCAGAUCAUUGCUUUCAUGAACAGCACCCUUGAUUUCUCCGCCACUGUGACUGGGUCGGCUGGGACCGACUCUAGCCCCACGUACAGUUACAAAUACGGUGCCUAUCUCUACUAUAAUCUAGGCUAUGGAGGAUUCGCCAACAUUCUCGGUGAUACUUGGAAUUGGCACUAUACACCGGUCUACCUCUACAGCCUCCCAGGUCAGAAAUACACGAUCUACGAGAACAGCAACGUCGAAUCGGACGCGACGCUCAAUUCAAAGAGAGAUAUCAAGAUACUGCCAGACGGUGAUGAGAAGGGAUUGUUCCAUGAUGAUGACGAUGAGGACGCAAUUUGGAAUGAUGAUGGCCUGGAGCCAUAUGUUCCACCUGCUAGCCAUGUUCACCGCCGCAGGACUCAUAUGCACCUUCAUCACAAAGCACAUCACUCUUAUCAUGAUAAGUCCAAUGCUACAUCACCUAUUCCCAAUGUCGGCUCGGUGAUAUUCAAAAGAGCGGACGGUGAUGACGACGGUGAACAGCCAGACACGGCGGAUAGCUCCCAGUUUACCGGCUCCCAGAACUUUGAUUGCCCUAAAAAUGGGAACAAGCAACCGACCCUCCCAGAAUUGCGCUAUAACUGCCGAACCUUUUCCACCAAUCAGGUUGUUGCUCAAAACGGCCCGUCUAAAUCAGUCAGAGGUAUAUGUGACGGUAUCUUCGGAUGGUUUGCUUCAGAUGGCGCCAGCAGCGACGGCGUCACACUCACUUGGGAUCCUAACCGUCGUGACGCAAGAGACGCGUACACAUGCAACAGCUGGACAGACUACGAUGACGAAAAUAAAAGGAACUCAUACUGCACCAGUCAGAAGAAGGCUCUCAAUGAAGCUGCUGGUCUUCCUGAGAAGAAAAUGACGAUCAGCUGCGAUGAGUUUCCUUUUGGUGGGACUGAAGAGGGCGGAGACUGGGGUGCCAAAUAUAAGCCACAUCGAGUCCCCCCGACUGCUAAUUGCGUGCCUCAGUGGCAACAGUCGUUGCAAGGAAACUGCAACAAACUUCUGAGUUCUUUGUACACUAACGUGGCAUACUUCGACCGUGAUGCCGAUUCGGAUAAGGAGGACUGGAAAUGGUGGUCCAAGACUAAAAAUGACGAGAGAUGGACCCCGGGUGGAAGUGAGAGUGAUACAAACCCGCCAGUCUUUGGACGUCUGACGCGAUAUCCCGAGCCCGUCCCUCUCGCCCAUGGCAUUGAUAGAACUGAAUGGGAGAACUCCGGCCGAACACUCGGGUACAACUUUAAACGCAACUUUACCAUGGCCCUUGCGUACGCGACGAGUCUUUCAGAUACGCCCGAUCAAUGGGGCAAGAUGGCGUUAAGUAGUUCCCAGAUAAAAGGCGCCAGCUCAGAUACAGACCCCACCCACGUCUUUUGCGCGGUGAAUCUAUUCAAUCAACCAGAUGUCUAUCGAUAUGGAAGUGGCAACGGAUUUUGUUUGGAUACGCGCAAGGGAACGAACGGAAUGAAGAAAGAAGCUGGCUUUGGAGAGGCCCCAGGAUACACUAUGUGCAAGGUCAACUACAUUGGGAGUACCUUUAGUGACCAAACGGCUCCUGCGUCAUACAGCAAACGUGACCAAAAUGAGUUGACGGGAGAGAAUAAUGAAUGGGACAUCGAAAGUAUUGAGCUGCACCCGGAUGAGAAUGUCUGGUGGCCUCUGCCGGACGACGUGGAUUGGGAGGACACGUUGAACCCCGGAGACACAAAGCUUGGGUAUGUAGCGGAUUCAAAUUAA